UUUACCAUUUCUCAACAAAUAAACAAGCUCUUAAGAUUUUCAUCUUUUUCACAAAAGAAAAAGUACCAAAAGGGAAAGAAGGGCCAUCGAGGAAGAAGAGGCCAACAGGGAAGGAGGAAAGGAACAGGAAGGAGAAAGGAGAAAGGCUGGGCUGGCCGGCAGCGGUAAUCGGAGGGGGCGGCGUCAUGGUUCUGAACAGCAAUCUGGUGGUGACGGUGGCUGACGUGUCGGCGAAUCUCUGCCAAUACAUCGCCUGCAACCCGGAACGCCUCCCCAGCGACCAAGUCCUCCACCUCAUCUUCUGCGUACCGAUGCAGCAAUUCGGCCGCCUCGCGCUCUCCCUCUGGACCUAUCUCUGCUACAACCCUAAUCCGGCCAAUUACGUCUCCGAUCUCGACUCCGACUCCGAUUGAAUCCAUUUCCCGAUCGGCCGAAUCUGGUCCGCCGGCGAUCGAAUCCCUUCUUGUUGUUUUGUAUAUGUAUCAUACCGGGGACGAUGAUAGAAGGCCGUUCCCUCGCCGUCGCCAUUUCCAAUUCCUGCACAAACCCUAAUAAAGUCGCCAACUUUACUCCUUUACCGGGUCUUCACCUUCGGGCAUCAAUGGCGACUCGUUACAGAGCUCUUUCAAAAUCAACGGUGUCUCUCUUCAAACACGCGGUCAACAAGCCCGCCGGCGUCAAACCCACGCCCACCUCGGCCGCUUCUCUUUUCCCAGCUCGCCUAUCUUCCACAUUCUCAAGGCCAAUUGCUCAGCUGGGUGCUCUUCAAUCGCUUCACUCCGCCGUCUCGCGGUCGCUGUCUCAGGGUAUGCUCUGCAGUGCGAACCCAGGAGUU